ACCACGCCUCUUCUCUCCCUUUCCUUCUUUUCUUCAAUUCCGAACAGUACACUCACUCUGAUUAAAAGUUAAGACCAUCUCAAAACUCGCAGUACAAAUUGUAGAAAACAGCAGCAAAAUCAAGCUAAAUCGGGUUUUCAGUAUGAGUAUGAGAAAAAGGGCAAGAACGAGCCUCGAUUCGGCUAUUGUUAAUGUAUGGAAAAGAGAGGUCGGCGAAAUCUCUACCAAAAACUUUGCUGACUCUCUCACUGCCUCUGAGUGUUCUUCUACCAGGACUUGGUGCUGCGUCUUGAUGUCUUCAGGAGACUGAAGGAACACAGAGGUUGGGUGAAUACAGUUAGUUUUAGCGCUGAUGGUGACAUUCUCGUAUCGAGCUCUAAUGACAGGAAGGUCACACUCUGGGACUGGGAGACUGGGAAAACUGUACUCUCAUUUCAUUCAGGGCACGAUGACUACGUUUUUCAAGCAAAGACCAUGCCCCACACUGACAACCGAAGCAUUGUCACUUGUGCCGCCGAUGGACAGGUGAGACGUGCGCAGAUUCUAGAACGUGGCUAUGUGACAACCAACUUGCUGGCAAAGCAUCAAGGACUAGCUCCAAAAUUGGCAAUUGAACCCGGAAGCCCCAAUAUCUUUUACACGUGUGGGUAUGAUGGAUUAGUUCAACAUAUAGAUCUGAGAACAGAAAAAGCUACAGAGCUUUUUACUUGCCGACCUUUUUGGCCAAGAAAUUAUACGUCUUUAACUCUAAGUGAAAUUGUAGUAGAUCCAAGAAAUCCUUAUUUCUUUGCUGUUGCUGGAGCAGAUGAAUUUGCAAGAAUUUUUGAUAUGCGCAAAUAUAGUUGGGAUGGUUCUGCUGAUUUUGGUCGGCCUGUUGACUAUUUCUGUCCCUCACAUUUAGUUGGCAUCCAGGAUGAGGGAAUAACAGGUUUGUCUAUCUCCAACCGCAGCGAGCUUCUUGUUUCAUACUUUGAGGAGGUUAUAUAUCUUCUCACAAAAGAUAUGGGGCUGGGACCUGAUCCAUCUCCCAUUUCCCCUUCCCCAGUGUCACAUGACAGUUAUGAGGGGGAAAUGGACCUGGAUGAUUGGUCUGAUGCGUCUCCACCAUUUGAUGCUGGCAUGAACUUUGGUCCACAAUUCUACAUGGGGCACAAAUAUGGUGAAGAAUUAAAUGGUGUUACCUUUCUUGGGCCCAGAUGUGAAUAUAUCGCGGGUGGAUCUGAUUGUGGUCGAAUUUACAUUUGGAAUAAAAAGAGUAGCGAGGUUGUUCGUGUAAUGGAAGCAGAUAGACAAGGUGUAAGCUAUGUUGUAUCUCAUCCUCAUACCACUGUGCUUGCUAGUUGUGGAAUGGAGCCUGACACAAAGAUAUGGACCCCAAAAGCCUUAGAUAGAGCUGUUUUACCUACGGAUGUUGAAAAGCGGAGACCUAAAUUAAGCGACCCAAGGAUCCGAUGCGCUACUCCUUGGGAUGAGAUGUGUUAUUUUUUCUCUGGAAGUUAGAGGCGCUUAAGAGACUGGGAGUUGACUCACGGUAUGUCUUGACACAAACGUUUUGGGAUGCUCUACCACACUACCAGUAGUGGAAAUGAGAGCAGGAUAGAGCUUCAGUUCAGUUGAAAAGAAGGAAACUAAGUUAUGAACGACGGUACCACCUCGCCUUUUAAUUUUUGUUGGAGCAGAGAGUCAACUGCUGAUGGUCAAGUGUUGGCUUUUUGCUUCUUUUAUACUUAUGGUGUAAGAUGGAAUGUAAAUUCUGUAUAUAGUUGGCUAUAUUUGGGAGGAUGUAUAGGUUUAUGUACACAUUUCUCUUGCUGUAAAUAGUUUUUGAGAAUAUCAACGGUAUGACCAGUUGACUUUUGUGUCAAGUGUCCUACAUUAGUUGAGUGA